GGUGAUGAUCAAAAAAUGAAGAAGGUUAUGCAUAAUCAUGGAUCAUCAUCAACAAGGCCAAGAAUUAUGGAACUUGAAGAAUUGUAUCAAGGAAUCCCAGAUGAAUCUGUUAACCUCACAUUUCAAGACUUAGCCAAUGUUCAUCAUAAUAAUAGUGUAUCACCAGAAAAGAGAUCAAAUUCCAUAAUUACCCCUACUACUACUAACCCUUUUGUUUCACCCAAUUCUUCUCCUCCUAUGUCCAAAUUACCUAGCCUUGAUUUCAGCAAAGGGUUGCAAGCCACCAACAGCAACAAUCAUCAUCAUCAUCUUGGUGAUGAUGAUUCAUCUUCAUGGGGUCAUUUUGGACAUCAUCAUCAUCAGCAGCAUCAUGAUAUUGAAGUUGGUGAUCAUAGAGUAGUGCAUAAGAAUAAUGGUCAUCAUCAUCACCAUCAUAAUCAUGAUGAGUUUAGCCAUGCAAGUGAUUAUAGCAGCAUGAUGAUGAGUGGUGUUAGUGGUUCAGGAAAAGGUGGUGGUGGAAGGAGGAGACCUGGGAUUCCUCACUCCAAGAUUUGCACUGUUUGUAGUAAUUAUAUCUACAUUCUAAGGACUAGAUGCUUGGUAUGUGGCAGAGUUUACUGUAGGCAAUGUGUUGAAAUUGGGAUGGGAGAGAUGACUGAAGGAAGAAAGUGUAUCGAGUGUCUUGGAUUAAGAUUUAGCCAAAGGUACAUAGAAAGGGCAGGGAUGUUAGGGUGCUGCAGUUGGAGGUAUCCAACCACAUUGAAGCAAACUGAACUGAAAUGGGCUGAGAAAGGACCAAGGAGGAGUGGUCAAAGAGGGUAUAGUCACCACCAUGGCUUGCCACCUUCAAGAACACCUACACCUACUCAUAGCAAUGAACCAUCUUUUGUUAUGUCUGCCUCUUAUUCCCCUUUCUCUUCUCAUCACCACCUUCCCCUUUAAUUUAAUUUAAACACCCAACAAUUUCAAACAUCACUACUAUACUCUACUCCCUUCUUUUCGUUUUUAUUG